CAGUUACGAAGAAUCUCGAACUUGGUUUAGAUGGUAUUAUAACAAUAUGUGUACCGGCCAAUUAAAAAAAAUAUGUCAUUUGGGACCACUCGUUGCUUUAGGAAUGAUAAAAAUUAUCACAAUGAUGACGAUACAUUGUAGUAGACAAUGCUGGCCACCUGAAGAAAGUUUUGGGGCAAAAAUAAAUUUUUGUUUAUUUUUUAUUCUUAGCGGAUGUACUCUUUUUCAUUUUAUUAGUGCAAUUUCUGAGGGUCCUGGUUUUUUACCACUAAACUGGAUGCCGGAAAAAAUAACAGAUAUUCAAUUUUUGCAAUAUUGUACAAUUUGUCAAGGAUAUAAAGCACCAAGAUCUCAUCAUUGCAGGAAAUGUAAUCGUUGUGUUCUAAAAAUGGAUCACCAUUGUCCAUGGAUAAACAAUUGUGUUGGUCAUCAUAAUCAUGGACAUUUUACAGCAUUUUUAGCAAGUGCAGUUGGUGGCUGUUCCAUUUCCAUCUUCAUAUUAUUUUCUUGGGUUGUAACUUUAUUAUCAGUCAAACCUAUACCAUUCCCAUCACCACCUUUUUUUAUUUUGGUUUUAGUUAUUUUUACCAUUGGUUUAUCAAUUGGUGUGAUUUUAACAGUAGGAAUGUUACUUUUCUUUCAAAUAAAGGCUAUUCUGACAAACAAAACAGAAAUAGAGGAUUGGAUAGUAGAGAAAGCAUAUCAUCGUAGAUUUGGUACUAAUGAGAAAUUCGUCUAUCCAUAUUCAAAGGGAUGGCUAUUUAAUAUGAAACAAGUUUUUACUUGGGAUUGUUCUCCUGUAGGUGACGGCAUACAUUGGCCUGUGAUUGAUAGUUGCGAUCAAUUCACAUUAACGAAAGAGCAAUUAGUACAAAAAGUGGAUAAACGGAAAAGGGCGCGUAAAUUUAGAAUAAUAAAACCUUCUUAUGGCUCAUGGGUACCAAUUCGAUAUGGUUGUGGUGUAUUGUGUAAUCCUCCUUAUACAGACGAAACACGAAUUAAAUUAAACGUAGGAGAUAUUGUGAUUGUUACUCGAUGGCGAAGAUAUUGGUUAUUCGGAGAAAAGGAGCAAGAAACUGUAAAUGAUGUUCCCGUAAAACGAAUACGAGGAUGGUUCCCACGACCUUGUGCAAUUGAAAUCAUAGAAAAUAGUCAAUAUUAUUUUAAAUCAUCUAAGUCUGAUUAACUCUUUAAAUGAUGGUGCAUUUAGGUAUAUAAUAGUAAAAUAUAGAAAAUAAGUAAUGCUAUAUCUAUCAGGCAAUUAGAAAAGGCAAUAUCUGUAAUUUUUUGACAUUUGGAUUUAUUUAUAUCGUUGGAUUUGUUUUAUAAAGCUCAAUCACAUGUCACAAAAAAAAAGUAGUACGAAAAAAUCCUACGAAAUAUUAUUCAAGAAAAUUAAAUACUUUUACGUUCUCAGGAUAGUUUAUUAGUUUAUUAUAAAGAAAAGCAAGUAUUAAUAAAAGAAAUGAAGGUAGUACACCGAAUAUUACUACUUUCUUUCGUUGUUACUAUAGAAAACGAUUUUUUUAACAAAUGUAAAUAAGAAAUUUAAAGACGUUUUUUUUUUCAAAACUAACUCAAAAUUCUUUUAAAGAUACUGCCUUCCGCAAUUACACGAUAGAUGCACAAGUAUUAUAUUUUCAUUGGUGUGUCGUGUUCUUAGUGUGAUAAAUGAAUAUGCAUCAACCAUUAAUAUCAUUUAAAAAAAAAGAAGUAGAUAAGAAUGCUUUAUAUGUAUUUAUAUUAAGACUCUAUAAUUUAUAUAAUUACAUUUCGUAAAAUAUGAAAUAAUCAAACUCAGGUUUAAAGCACGUUAUAUAUGCUCAUGACAUUUAAUCCUUUAAAUUAAAUUAUAGAAAAAUUCAAAGAUUUAAUUUAGUGAAAUAAUUGAAUGAAUUUGAUAUAGAUAGUAAAUUAUUAUUUAUGCUUUAAUAGAUUACAAAUGAUGAGAAUUUAU